AUGGUCAUUCUCACAGUAUUCGUUACUGUAAGUUUAGCCGUGGAAGAGAAACGUAAUUUAUCAGUUGAUGGGAUUCGCUUGCAUGAACGACAGGAUGGACCAAAAGAUGCACCGAAAGAGGCACCUGAAGCACCUCCUAAAGAACCAGAACCUCCAAAGGAACCCGAACCUCCUAAGGAACCUGAACCUCCAAAGGAACCUGAACCUCCAAAGGAACCUGAACCUCCUAAGGAACCUGAACCUCCAAAGGAACCCGAGACGCCGGGAAAAGAGCCAGUAGAUCCCAAAGUACCUCCUAAAGAACCAAAUGAUGAAGGUGCAAAAGAACCGGGAAAAAAUCCAGAUGAUCAAGGAUGUGUGGAUGCAGCAAAAUGCCCAACUCCACCAGAAUGUGAUGCAGCAAAAGAUCCGACUUGCGCUAAAACGCCAGCACCAAAUUGUGAUCCUGCCAACGAUCCAAAAUGCCCAGCUACGCCACCACCACCAUGUGAUCCUGCCACCGGAAAAUGUCCAACUACGCCACCACCACCAUGUGAUCCUGCCACCGGAAAAUGUCCAACUACGCCACCACAAUCAUGUGAUCCUGCCACCGGAAAAUGUCCAACUACGCCACCACCACCAUGUGAUCCUGCCACCGCAAAAUGUCCAACUACGCCAUCGAAACCAUGUGAUCCUGCCACCGAUCCGAAAUGUCAAACCACGCCAUCAAAACCAUGUGAUCCUGCCACCGAUCCAAAAUGUCAAACUACGCCAUCGUCAUCACCAUCAAAACAAUGUGAUCCAAACAAAGAUCCGGAUUGCGGACCGACUCUAACGGAAUGUUCAGGCAAAACUCCGACGUUCACUAUUCCGGAUGAAACCAUAACUCCUCCUCCAAUGGAGCAAGGGAAGAAAGUUAAUUUGAUUCCUCCAGCCACGGUGGUGGUAGUUAAAAAAGUCACCAAGCCCGCAACAUUGGAUCAAGAAAUUUCAGAUAUUGGAAACGUUUUAUUAGAUGGAAGUCAAGGUUUAUGGGGGAUAUUUUUGAGCUUCGCUUUAGUAUGCACUACAAUAAUUUACAUGGUAUUUGCAUAA